AGACCAUCUCCGGCAAGUUUUUAAAGUCCUUAGAGAGUAGAAACUUUAUGCUAAUCUCAAGAAAUGUUCAUUCCUCACUACAAGUGUGACAUUUCUUGGAUACAUCAUCACUGCUCAAGAUAUCAAGAUGGACCCCAUCAAGAAGGACGACCCAUUGCCUUCUUUAGUGAAAAGUUGAAUGACACAGAGCUCAAAUAUUCCACCUAUGACAAAGAAUUCUAUGCAAUUGUUCGAGUCUUGGAGCAUUGGAGCCAUUAUCUUCUUUCAAAAGAAUUCAUCUUGCACUUUGACCAUGAGGCAAUGAAGCACUUGAAUUCUCAACAGAAGAUCAGUCGUCAACAUGCUACUUGGAGUGAAUUUCUACAAGCUUAUCCUUUCCUCCUCAAAUGCAAAUCUAGAGUCCAGAAUCGCGUAACUAAUGCUUUUAGUCGCCAACAUGCCUUGCUUGCUUCCUUACAGAUGAAAGUCAUUGGAUUUGAAGUGAUCAAGGAGUUGGUUGUACCUACCAUUGCCUAUCCCAACAUCACUUGGGAAGAUGUUAGCAUGGAUUUUGUCCUUGGUCUACCACGAACUCAACGAAGCAAGGAUUCUAUCAUGGUCGUGGUUGAUAGAUUUUCUAAAAUGGCUCACUUUAUUGCUUGUCAGAAAACUAAUGAUGCUUCUCUCAUUACUGAGUUAUAUUUUAGAGAGAUUGUGCGUCUACAUGGAGUUCCAAAGACCAUCACUUCAGAUAGAGAUGUGAAGUUCAUGAGUCAUUUUUGGAGGACUUUAUGGAGAAAGAUGGGCACUCAACUCCAGUUUAGUUUUGCUAGCCAUCCCCAAAGCGAUGGUCAAACUAAAGCUAUCAACAAGAUUUUGGGGAAUCUACUACGAAGUUUUGUGGGAAAGAAUUUGCGACAAUGGGAUCUUGUGCUUGCCCAAGCUGAGUUUGCCUACAACAACUCUUCGAAUCAAGCUACAGGAAAAUGCCCAUUUGAAGUAGUAUAUGGAGUGCAUCCUCUCAGUCCUUUAGAUCUUGCUCCAUUGCCCACAUCCCGACAAUUUAGUGCAGAUGUUGAACAACAAGCCAAGGAGAUUAAGAAACUUCAUGAAGAAGUUCGUGAGAAGCUACAACGUCAAACCAUUAGAGCCAAUGGUCCUUUUCAGAUAGUGGAGAAAAUCAAUGAUAAUGCCUACAAGAUCAAACUUCCAGGGGAGAAUGCACCGGGGGAAAGCACCAAGAAAGUGCACCAGGAUUAGGAUGUACUCACCAUGACUCCAAAUGAGAGCUACUUCAAAACCCUUAACAAGAGUUUUACUUCUAAAUUUAGAUUAGGUAAUGGAGAACUAGUAGAAGUCAAAGGAAAGGUAGUAGCAACUGUUGAUACACCAGCAAGUAUCAAGCUUAUUUAUGAUGUUCUAUUUGUUCUUGAGCUUAGCUACAACUUUACUAGCAUUGCUCAGCUUGUUGAAAACAAAUACUCUCUGCACUUUCAUGACAAGUUGUGUGAUGUACUUGAUGAAUUUGGAAAUUUGCUAUUAUCUAUUAAAAUGCAUGAUAGGAGGUUUCUUGCUGAAUGGAAAGAAACUCAGAUAAAGGCUUGUGUGAGUACUAUUGAUAAUUCUUGUGUCUGGCAUAAGAGUGCUAAGUUUGAUGAAAGUGCAGCUUGGGAUUUGGAAAAAUCCCUAGUUUCAAACUCAUAUCAAGUUGUUGAAUUGAAUGAGAGACUAGAACUUGGAGCAGAUUUUGAUGAUGCAACAAAUGAAUCAAAUUUAAUUGAUGAUGCACCAGUGAGAGGAACUAGAAUCCUAGAAGAUAUUUAUGCAAAGGAAGAGGAUCUCAAAAAUCACCAAAGAUUGCCGGAGCUGAGCUGCAGUCGCCGGAGAGUGACAGCUGCUGGCGACCAUAUCUGGAGCGAGGUCGGAGACAAUGAAUUGCCGGAAGUCAAAUGGAGCUCCGUAGCCAUUAGACUUGGAGAUAGGAACCAAAGAUCCCAGUCACCGGUGAGAUUAGGAGAAUCAAGCAUGAUAGAAGCAGAGAGGUUGUUGCUUGCAGGUGCUCUAGAAGACCCGGUGAAUCAAAGAUUUUUCCUGCUUUCUGACAGUUGUGUUCCCCUUUACAGUUUUAGCUAUAUAUACAAGUAUCUGAUGGCUUCUCCAUGGAGUUACGUGGACAGCUUUCUUGAUGUAAAGGAUAGUAGAUACAGCUUGAAGAUGUUACCUAUCAUCGCAGAAGACAAGUGGCGAAAAGGAUCUCAGAUCCUUCAAGUGGAUUUAAUAAGUAAUGGGAAUUGAUCAUCUCCAUCUUUGCCUCCCUUUCCUUUCCUUCUAAAAAUAGUUGAAGAUCGAGAUGUACCCUUGUCUCUUUUUCAUGAGUUUUAUAUAUCUUUUUUACUUCUACGAUAUAAAAAAUUAAGCUUUGGUUUCAAUUUAUUUACAUUUGUAGUGGAUCUCCUUGGUAAUAAGCCAUGCUGAAGUCGUUAUAAAUAAUGAGAUCAUUU